GUGGCCGAAACGCAAUAAACAAGCUGAGUUCAGAGUCUAGCUAGCUGCAGUGCGUUUGUGUGCGGCCGAUUGUGUGAAUGUGUGCGCGAUUGGUUGGGUAGGAAGGCAAAGAAAGGGACUUCGAGGAGGUAGGAGGAGGAGAGUUUUCGCAAGGAAAAGCAGCAGAACGGCAAAGCAGCAGCCAGGGCUGUAAUUACGCCAACUUGGUGGGAGUUCAAGAUAAACUGUGCGCCUGUCUGUGUGCGGAACACCCCCCAAGACACCACACAAACACACCGAUAGAGCCCGGAGUUCCGUUUGCUGUUCGCGGUUUGUUUUGUGCUCAAAUUCGCGUGCCCGCCGCCUUUGUUUUUGGUGCCUUCGUUUUCCGGCGCGUAGAACAGCCGUGCGGCACCGUCGAGGGUUACAGGUUGCGGACCAGGCGACAGCAACUACGCCGCAGUGGAUGCCCAUGCACGCGGUGGCCUGGGCAUUGCCCAGGACUUUGGCAUGGGCGGCCCCGGGGCGGGACCGCCCGCCCACAUGUACGGCGCCGUAGCUCCGCAGGACAUCAUUGUCCGGGACAUGGUCCAGAUGCCGCCGCCACCGCCCUCAAACGCACCAACAUCGGCGGACGCCUGCUUGAGCAUCGUCCACUCGUUGAUGUGCCACAGGCAGGGCGGGGAAAGCGAGGGCUUCGCCAAGCGCGCCAUUGAGUCAUUGGUGAAGAAGCUGAAGGAGAAGCGCGACGAACUGGACUCACUGAUCACGGCCAUUACCACAAACGGCGCACACCCCAGCAAGUGCGUGACCAUCCAGCGAACACUUGACGGUCGCCUGCAGGUCGCCGGCCGCAAAGGCUUUCCGCACGUGAUCUAUGCCCGGAUUUGGCGCUGGCCGGAUCUCCACAAGAACGAGCUGAAGCACGUCAAGUACUGCGCCUUUGCCUUUGAUCUCAAGUGUGACUCGGUGUGCGUGAACCCCUACCACUACGAGCGCGUCGUCUCUCCGGGCAUAGAUCUGUCCGGCCUCAGUCUGCAGUCCGGGCCCAGUCGCCUUGUGAAGGACGAAUACUCAGCGGGCCCACUAGUUGGAGGCAUGGACAUCGAUGGCAAUGACAUCGGCACAAUUCAACACCACCCCACGCAGAUGGUGGGCCCGGGCUAUGGAUAUGCCCAAGGACCCGCUGAAUAUGUGGGCGAUGGAAAUCCCUUGAGUGCAAUGUUCCCCACCGGGCGAACAAUACCAAAAAUUGAGCCGCCAGAUGGUGUCGGGUCGCGAGGUUCAUGGAUGGUGCCACCGCCACCGCGGCUUGGCCAGCCUCCACAACAACAGCCCCAGCCACAGUCGCAGCAGCAACCCCCGCCGCCCCCUCAACAGCAACAGCCACAGCAGCAGCCUCAAUCCCAAUCCCAGGGUGCUGCCCACUCGCUUUCUGUACCUCAUGGCAUGCCGGGCAUGCCUGGCCCCAUGAAUACAGGCCCUGUAAUGGCACCGCCACCUCCGCCGCAGCAGGGUCCCAAUCCCCAAGGUAAUGGGGUGCACCACGCCCAGACCAACUCACCCACAGAUCCCGCCUCCGCCAUGGCCAUGCAACAGCAGCAGCAGCAACAACAGCAACAGCCGCCGGGCGGCGUGCCGAACGGUGGUGUAAACGCCAGCGGCGGAGCCGGAAACGGAGGGCAGUACUAUGGCCCACCACCCACAGGAAAUCCAAUGCAGGGCUCUGGUGCAGGUGGAGGUGGAGGAUCUGUUCCUCAACCCGUUCACGCCCAGCAGAAUGGCUAUGUUUCGCAGCCGGGAUCCGCGGGAGCAGGCCCCAGUGGUGGAGGCAGUGUUUUCGGAGCAGCGCCAAGUGCCGCACAGCAGCAGCAACAGGCAGCCGCGGGAGUUCAGGCUAAUGCCGGUACUGGAGGAGCUCAGGCCAGCGGUGGAAGUGGAGCAGCUCAGACCUGGGCAGGUCCCAACACCCUCAGCUAUACUCAGUCUAUGCAGCCGCCCGAUCCGCGAUCACUGCCGGGUGCCUUUUGGAACUCAUCGAUUCCGGGCGAACUAGGAUCUCCGCAACAGACCCCGCCGCAGCAGCAAUCACAGCAGCAGCAGCCGCGCCUGCUUUCACGCCAACCGCCACCAGAGUACUGGUGCUCCAUUGCCUACUUCGAACUGGAUACUCAGGUGGGUGAAACUUUCAAGGUGCCCUCGGCAAAGCCGAACGUUAUCAUCGACGGCUAUGUGGAUCCAUCCGGUGGCAAUCGUUUUUGCCUAGGCGCCCUCAGCAAUGUCCAUCGGACCGAGCAAUCGGAACGCGCCAGGCUACAUAUUGGCAAGGGCGUUCAGUUAGACCUCCGAGGAGAGGGGGAUGUAUGGUUGCGCUGCCUCAGCGACAACUCGGUGUUCGUACAAAGCUAUUACCUGGAUCGGGAGGCGGGUCGCACGCCCGGCGAUGCGGUGCACAAGAUUUAUCCGGCGGCGUGCAUAAAGGUAUUCGAUCUGCGCCAGUGCCACCAACAGAUGCAUUCACUGGCCACGAAUGCCCAGGCAGCGGCGGCAGCUCAGGCGGCUGCAGUGGCUGGAGUAGCUAACCAGCAAAUGGGCGGAGGCGGAAGAAGCAUUACGGCGGCAGCUGGCAUUGGUGUGGACGACUUGCGGCGACUCUGCAUCCUACGGCUGAGCUUUGUUAAGGGCUGGGGUCCUGACUAUCCGAGGCAGUCGAUUAAGGAGACUCCCUGCUGGAUCGAAGUGCACCUCCAUAGAGCCCUGCAGCUAUUGGACGAAGUGCUCCACGCCAUGCCCAUCGAUGGUCCAAGAGCGGCCACAUAAACCCCAGCAGAAGCUAAUGCACACAUAUUUAUUAUUGGGCCACACAGCAUAUAUGUAUGUAGUUUGGCCAGCAAGCAGCUACAAAGUGGAUUUUCAGUUUAUAAUUUGCAAUUCUGAAUACGAUUAUAGUUUGCCUUUGAUUAUUUAAUAAUGAUUUUUAUAAAAAAUUGAGAUAAGUGAACAGUUUUAGGUACGCAGCUGUAAAGCGCUUAAGCCUCUAGAUUUAUGUACUAUACUUAAUUAUAAACUCAUUCACACGUCCUCCGGCACUGGGCCGAGGACCGAGGACCGAAGACCGAGGAAGGGACGCACGAUUAUCUGAUAGUUGACAAGCGGCAAGCGAUUUGCUCAUUGCCCAUUUCCUGCCACGCAAAUCACGACAAGAAGCAUACACAGCAUUACAAUCAUCCAAGCUAAGCCAACAAGCGAAACAAAAAAACAUUGAUGCACACAUAAAUACAUACAUAUGAUGUAAAAUGCAACAUAAAUAAGGCAAGCAAAAUAAGUAGAUGUAACAUAAGUGUAAUAAACAGAGCAUAACGAAUGUA